GGAGGAAGAACUGCAGGGAGACCGUGCCUCCAGCGGGUGCUGCCGCGAGCGGCCGGCCGAGGGGGCUGGAAAUGAAAGUAAAGCUCUCCGGAGCCACAUGGACGGAGCUGCCGGGGCGGCGGCGCCGGGAGCAGGAUGCUGCCGCCCGUAAUUAAAUAGCAUUUACUCUUAUUAUUACUAAUAAUAAUAACGUAAUCAUACCUCUAGUCAUAGCAUACCAUUUAUCGGGCUCGGCGCAGGCCCGCGGGGAGCGCAGCCCGGCCGAGAGACUGAUGGAGAGGCAGAGACGGAAAGCGGACAUCGAGAAGGGGCUGCAGUUCAUUCAGUCGACCCUACCCCUGAAGCAAGAAGAAUAUGAGGCCUUUCUGCUCAAGCUGGUGCAGAACCUGUUCGCUGAGGGCAAUGACCUGUUCCGGGAGAAGGAGUACAAGCAGGCGCUGGUGCAGUACGUGGAGGGGCUGAACGUGGCCGACUACGCCGCCUCUGACCAGGUGGCCCUGCCCCGGGAGCUGCUGUGCAAGCUGCACGUCAACAGGGCCGCCUGCUACUUCACCAUGGGCCUGUAUGAGAAGGCGCUGGAGGACAGCGAGAAGGCGCUGGGCCUGGAUGGAGACAACAUCCGGGCGCUGUUCCGCAAGGCGCGGGCCCUGACCGAGCUGGGGCGCCACAAGGAGGCCUACGCGUGCAGCAGCCGGUGCUCCCUGGCCCUGCCCCACGAUGAAAGUGUAACUCACCUUGGUCAGGAACUGGCUCAGAAGCUUGGGCUGCGAGUUCGGAAGGCGUAUAAGAGGCCCCAGGAAUUGGAAACCUUUUCUCUGCUCAGUAACGGCACUGCGGCUGGUGUGGCAGAUCAGGGAACUUCCAAUGGAUUGGGGUCCAUAGAUGACAUCGAAACAGACUGCUACCUGGACCUGCGAGGCUCCCCGGCCCCCCUCCCCUCCCCACCCCCCAUGCCCCUCUUCCCUCACGUUCUGGACCUGCUGGCCCCCCUGGACAGCAGCAGCGGGGCCCUCCCUGGCACCGAGAGUCUGGAUGACUUCUCCGAUGGGGACGUCUUCGGUCCGGAGCUGGACACCCUCCUGGACUCGCUGUCUCUGGUGCAGGGUGGCCUGCCUGGCAGCGGCAUGCCCAGCGAGUUGCCCCAGCUGAUACCCGUGUUCCCCGGCGGGACCCCGCUGCUGCCACCUGUGGUGGGUGGCUCCAUCCCCGUCUCCAGCCCACUGCCCCCUGCCUCCUUCGGCCUCGUCAUGGACCCCUCCAAGAAGCUGGCUGCCUCGGUGCUGGAUGCCCUCGACCCGCCAGGCUCGGCGCUGGACUCCCUGGACCUGCUGCCGUACUCGGAGACCCGACUGGACACCCUCGACAGCUUCGGGUCGACCCGUGGCUCCCUGGACAAGCCCAGCUCCUUCAUGGAGGAAGCCAACUCACAGGACCAUCGUCCCCUGAGCGGUACUCAGAAACCAGCCCCCUCGCCAGAGCCUUCCAUGCCCAACACCGCCUUGCUCAUCAAGAACCCCUUGGCUGCCACCCACGAGUUCAAGCAGGCGUGCCAGCUCUGCUACCCCAAAACAGGCCCCAGGGCGGGCGACUACACCUACCGUGAGGGCCUUGAGCACAAGUGCAAGCGGGACAUCCUGCUCGGCCGCCUCCGGAGCUCCGAGGACCAGACCUGGAAGCGGAUCCGGCCCCGGCCAACCAAGACCAGCUUCGUGGGCUCCUACUACCUGUGCAAAGACAUGAUUAACAAGCAGGACUGUAAGUACGGGGAUAACUGCACCUUCGCCUACCAUCAGGAGGAGAUCGACGUGUGGACGGAGGAGCGGAAGGGCACCCUCAACCGCGACCUGCUCUUCGACCCGCUGGGGGGCGUCAAGCGCGGCAGCCUCACCAUCGCCAAGCUCCUCAAGGAGCACCAGGGCAUCUUCACUUUCCUCUGUGAGAUCUGCUUUGACAGUAAACCCCGGAUCAUCAGCAAAGGCACCAAGGACUCUCCGUCUGUCUGCUCCAACCUGGCUGCCAAGCAUAGCUUCUAUAACAACAAGUGCCUGGUGCACAUCGUCCGCUCCACCUCCCUCAAGUACUCCAAGGUCCGCCAGUUCCAGGAGCACUUCCAGUUCGACGUGUGCCGCCACGAGGUGCGCUACGGCUGCCUGCGGGAGGACAGCUGCCACUUCGCCCACAGCUUCAUAGAGCUCAAAGUCUGGCUGCUGCAGCAGUACUCAGGCAUGACCCACGAAGACAUCGUCCAGGAAUCCAAGAAAUACUGGCAACAGAUGGAGGCGCACGCAGGGAAGGCCAGCAGCAGCUUGGGUGCCCCGCGGACCCAUGGGCCUAGCACCUUUGACCUGCAGAUGAAGUUUGUGUGUGGCCAGUGCUGGAGGAACGGGCAGGUGGUAGAGCCUGACAAGGACCUCAAGUACUGCAGCGCCAAGGCCCGGCACUGCUGGACCAAGGAGCGGCGGGUCCUCCUGGUGAUGUCCAAGGCCAAGAGGAAGUGGGUGUCGGUGAGGCCACUGCCGUCCAUUCGCAACUUCCCACAGCAAUACGAUCUCUGCAUCCAUGCGCAGAACGGCCGCAAAUGCCAGUACGUGGGGAACUGCUCCUUCGCGCACAGCCCGGAGGAGAGGGACAUGUGGACGUUCAUGAAGGAGAACAAGAUCCUGGACAUGCAGCAGACCUAUGACAUGUGGCUGAAGAAGCACAACCCAGGGAAGCCGGGGGAAGGGACGCCCAUCAGUUCUCGGGAGGGGGAGAAGCAGAUCCAGAUGCCCACGGACUACGCCGACAUCAUGAUGGGUUACCACUGCUGGCUCUGCGGCAAGAACAGCAACAGCAAGAAGCAGUGGCAGCAGCACAUCCAGUCGGACAAGCACAAGGAGAAGGUCUUCACGUCUGACAGCGACGCUAGCGGCUGGGCCUACCGCUUCCCCAUGGGCGAGUUCCGGCUCUGCGAAAGGCUCCAGAAGGGCAAGGCCUGCCCGGACGGGGACAAGUGCCGCUGCGCUCACGGGCAGGAGGAGCUCAACGAGUGGCUGGACCGGCGAGAGGUGCUGAAGCAGAAGCUGGCCAAGGCCCGCAAGGACAUGCUUCUGUGCCCACGGGAUGACGACUUUGGCAAAUACAACUUCCUGCUGCAAGAGGACGGGAAUGCCACUGGUGCCGCCCCAGAAGCCCCUGCUGCUGCCACCGUCACUGGGGAGUAGGCCAGCUCCUGGCCGUGGGUGAAGUCCUAGGAUCGGGGGCAGGGGUGGGCACGGAGCGCCUGACGGGAGGGCCGGGGCAGGCCAGGGCCGGGGCUGGGGCCCCCGGCCAUCCUCUCUGCCCCCACUGCCCCAGUGCAUACCCAGGUGCACGAGCUGCAGCCCCACUCGGUCCCAGGGUCCUCAUCCGGCUGAAGCCCUGGGCAGGUCCUCCCCUCCCCCACCCCGGCUCUCCUGGUUGUGGAGGGAGGGGCCUGGUUGACCCCUCCAGCUUCAGCCUACAGCUUUAACUUCCGUCUACUCCUAAAGGGGGCCCAACGCUCAGGGCUGGGGAGCCUGGGGUCCCCACUUGAAUCUGCAGCAGAAGGGUCCUUCCCCCUGUCCCACCCUCACCCCCCCCACCUCCCCUGGGGGCAGAUCAGGAUAGAACAGAGGGCAGGAGGCCCCACCCAGCUUUAAAAUGCAGCCCCAGGAUGGACUGGGGAUACUGUACAAGUCACUUACCCUCUGGGGCCUCAGUUUCCCCUCUGGUUGGAAGAGUGGGAGGGGCUGGGCUACAUGAUCUCUGGAGCCUGACCAAGGAGCGUGGCUGUCUGGUGAGGCCACCAGCCCAGCCCCUCUCCUUUGUGGGCCGCUGAAUGUAGAUUGUAGGUCGUCAGAGGCUUCAGAGAUGACCCAGCCCAGACCCCCAUUUUGCAGAUAGAAAAACAGGCCUAGAAAGAAGGAGUGCUCUGCCUGGCAUCUCCACCCACAGCACGGUAGAGCUGGAAUGCAAACUGUGGUCACAAGACUCGGCCAGUUAUCAGCUGGAGCCUCCAGGCUCUUGGCAGGGAUGUGACAGUCUCUGAAUCAGCUGGGAUUCCGGCAGCACCGCCCAGGGGUUGGUCGUGUCAGCGCCCUGUAGGGGGACAGUCCCCUCUGAGGAUGGUCGUAAGGAGUGUAGCAGCAAAGGUCACUUCCCCAUGGCUGCUCCAGGAGAGGUGGUACCUGGCAGGGCACCCGUGGGCUCAGGUUCUGCACAAGGAACUGGGGGGGAUUGGGAGGGUGGGCGGUCAGGGGACAUGGAGAGAAGGGAGACUUGACCGUGGGCACCAUGGGCUACUCCAGGAUUGGACACAGCCCCUCUUUCUUGGGGACUCAGAAGAGUCCUUUCCCUUUCUCCCCUAGACCCAGACAUACAAUUAGGACCAUCCAUCCCAGCCUCUCCCUGAUCCCGACCCUGCCAGCUGCCUGGGACCCCAGUUGACCCCCAACCCCUGCCCCCCCCAAGCCCUCUCCCAUCCCUCUCAUCUGACGUGUCUGCGUGCACCCCCUCCUCUCCAUUCCACCCCUUGUGGGCAGACCCAGCCUCCCCUGGUUCCCUAGACAUUCCAGAACGCCCCACACCAUUGGCACAAGGGGUGGGGCCCCCCGGAAGGAGCCGGGGACCGAGGCUGGAGUUGGUGGGAGGGUGAGACAGAGAGAAUGGAAUACCCUUUAUUUCCCCUCAAACAAGCAUUUCGAGUGUGCGUUGAGAUGAUGGCGGGCACCCUGGGCCGCAGGGAACCCUGUUCUCGCUGCCACUGCCCAGCCUUUUCCUGAUAAUUGUGGCAUGCAUCCUUUCCUCUCCCUGCCCCUUCCCCCAGCAGGCCAGCACUGUGGAGUUUGGGUGCUGGUGGCGUGGCUGGAGGGGAGGAGAGACCCAAGGUGGGGCCUGUGGCCGUGAAUGUUGAUGACACUUGUUUUCCCUGAUCCGUGCUGUUGCAGUCUGUCGUCACCAGCCUUGUUUUUAGUGUGUAUAUAUGUCGCCCCCGUGAUGCAUAUAUACACAGGUAUUAAAUAUAUCGCUCUAUAUAAUAUUACAUAUGUGUGUGGUAUCCAAGGAAUCACUUCUAAUGAGGGCUAAAGAUAAAGAAUUUGGCUGGAAAAUGCAGCCAUCCUGGCAUAAUGAAGAGGGACUUUCAGGGUCAUCAUGCCAUUUGCAAGGACUGAGGGACUGGAGCGAGGGGUCAGAGGUGAUUUGGGCAGCAGGGGCAGAAGCGGCCCCUGCCUGGGCCCAGCUCCGCCUGAUGGCGUCCAGACCACCCCAGCCUAGUGGGGAGAGAGCACGAGUGCUCGGGGAAAGAAGAGGAUUGGUGUUUGUCUCCCACCCAAAAGAAUAGGAUUAGAAUCCAGAUUUUUCUUCUCCAUCCUGUUAUCCCUGCAGGGGCCUUGGGAUGUGGUGCUCCCUGGCUUGGCCAGAGCUGGAUCCCCGCAGGGUUGGAAGAAAGCGAGGGGCAGGCGGGGAGUAGGAGGUGGAGGUGUGGCACAGUACACUUUGAAUGAUGAGUGUGAUUAUUUCAGUUGUGACUCUGAGAGGCUCAGAGAGUUGGAUUGGGCCUGUGCCCCCCGCCGGCAGGCAGGGACAAGACAUCACGGCAAACAUGGUGAAGGGGGGACAGGCACCCUUGAUGUGAGUGUCCCUUUGGGAUGGGGCAAAGAGGGAUGCUGCGUUUCUCAGCUGGGCAGUGAUAAAUUUAAUGGUCCUUUAAAAAUGUCUGUGUAUUAAAAAAUUUAAGAAUACCACACUUUAAUAUUAAAUAUUCAUAAGGUCUAGUAUCUUGAUAAUAAUGUAGAUGUUUUAAUAACAAUUUUUGUCCUUCUUAAAAUAAAAUGAAAGAAACUUG